AUGCGCCCCGGACAGCUCGUGCUCCACAUUUCAGAUGCAACAAACGAUCCAAUCAAGGUUCUGUUCAUUUUCUACAAAUACCCGGAUUUUUCUGACCAAAUGCAACAGCUGUGGUCAUCUCCAGCUGAUCCCGAAGGUAUCGCGACAGAACUGACAGUGUGCUGCUUCCCUGAAAAAAGUAGUACAUGGCCCGCUGCUAUGAUCAACGUGCUAGGAUGUCAGGCAAAUGAGGUUGUUCGGGUAGAUAUUACGGAAAAGGUUGUUCCACCGCUGCACAAGGAUAAGCGGCAGCUUACGUAUGAUAGUAGCAUGGACAUGCAUACUAAGCGGGCAUCCUUGUAG